UCAUUGGUUGAUUAUUUCGUCAUGGGUGUUUAUGGCGUUGAUAUUGUUGUACGUGUUUGUGAUUUAUAGUUGACCGAAAUAACAUUAAAGCCGUCAUGCCUCAAGAUAUAAUCAAUCCUGGUGAUAAGGGGCUUGUUGUAGAGGAACAAAUGGCCAAAUUGCAAAUAUUUAAGGAGCCAGUUCCACCAGUGAGGCUGAAAAUCAAAACCAAGAAGGUACUGGAUGAAGAUUCCUACCUUCGAGAAAUGGGUCGAAUUAUUCAGAGAGACUUCUUUCCAGAUUUAGAAAAAUUACGAGCACAGAAUGCAUAUUUAGAAGCGGUGGAAAGAAAUGAUGUGGAAAAACUGAGAGAAAUCUACGCAAAAUAUAGUUCUGGGAAACGUCCACCAACAGAGAGAUAUGCUAGCCCUGCAACGUUUGAGACACCAUUGGAUGCUAGACGGGAAGAUGACCAUCCUGAUGCGGAAGAUGAGCCAGACAAGUCACAGUUAGAGGGGAAAGAUGGCACCUUUACAGAGCAGGAUAAGUCUUCGCAGGAUUUUGACAAACAGGAGGCAAAGACUACACUGGAUGUGUACCUGAAUUCUCACACAAGUGAAGAUAAUCAGAGUUUCCAAGAAAUAAUGAGAGCUGCAGAACUCAGACAUAGACACAAAUUUGGAUGGUUAUAUAAGGCUGAGGAAGAUUCCAAGGAAGAACUGAAAGAGAUGAUGCGGCUACCAUCUAUUGAAGAACAAGCAAGUAAUGAGAAGAGGCCACUGAUGGUUGAUACAUGGAAAUAUCGUAACAAGAACUACAUCAUGUAUGUCCCAGAUGGUGUUCCAUUAACUCCUGAAGAGGAAGUAGAAUUGGCAAGGCGGAGACAGGUUAUUGUCCAUUCAAAUACGAGCCUCACGUCGAAUCCAUUUGACGAGCAGCAAAACAAGGAGACAAUACACCAGUUGGCACAGUCUCAGGCACAGUCACUAGAAGGGAAGAUAGGCGUGGACGGUAAAGAGUUGAUCCACACUGAAACUCCAAAAGUUAAUGGGUUUAGCUUUGUGAAAACGCCAUCACCUGCUCCAGGUGUUGGUGAAUCACCACUAAUGACAUGGGGUGAAAUUGAGGGGACACCUUUUCGUCUUGAUGGCGGUGACACACCAGUUCGAACCACGCUGCAGGGACCUUCAUUUCGGAUACCCGAACCUCCAAAGAGAGAAAAACUGGCGUUGGCAUUAGCAGAGAAGGCAGGAGAACGACACAGGGACAGGAAGAUGAAAGCCAUAGAAGCAGCACGGAAACAACUGGCAACGCCUUCUCCUCAUCCACGUAGUGGCACUACAUCAUUGGAUCGUCUGAACUCCAUGUCCCCUGCUGCUCGACGCUUAGCAUCAACUCAGUUGAGACGUCGCAUAGGUAGUGACUUGGCAUUGCUUGCAUCAUACAGCCCCAGUCCUCGGCAUAGCACCCGUAACGGACAUCCUUCACCUCAUUUUGCUAACACUCCAACCCCGGGGAAGAAUAGUAGUGGGAGAAUUAAACGAGUAGCCACACCAAAUCUGAACAUCACAGACAAUCUUUUGAAUCUUCCUAAAAGACCCAGAGCAGCUGAUUUCUUCUGAAUCUUCAUUGAGCUUAGUUUUUAUAAAGAAUUUAAGCAUUCCAUUUCUGCGUGGAAACAGUACCCUGCAUUGGUUGCGCAGAACCUGAUCACAGGAUUAUAAGUAGAAGUAUGUAUGUCAUGUUGCUGAUUUUUGAUACUAGAAUUACCCAAUGUUUCAUGCUUAUUGUUGUGCUCAUAAUUAUUUGCCUAGAAUGUCAUUGUUAUCGUAUGUUGUGCUUCUCUGGAAGUUUUAACUUUUAUUUUUAUUUUUAGCUACUGUUCUACAAACCUUUGGAUUGUUACAUAGUAACAAGAGUUAAAUUCAAGUAUUUAGGUGCCAGAUUUAUACCUAAUCUUUCUAAUUCACCAUCUAUUCCUAAGGACUUGCCGGUGCAAAUGUAUAAGGACAUCAGACAUUUUUGUUUGACUUUUUCUGCCUUUUUAAGGGAUCGUUUUCUUAUAAAGGAGUGACUUUGGAUGAAAUACGUCCUCCUAAAUCCUUGUUCCAGUGUUUUCCAUUACUGAGUCAUACCUUUCCUGGUUUAUUUAGUCAUACUGAGAGAUCUCGUGUCCGUCCUGUUUGGUUCGUAUCCAAGUUUCAUUUCCAUAUUCUGAUCAGGUUAGUGUGACAGUAAAAUACUGCACUUGCAUUAAGGAUGUUGCCAGCAACUCUGAUUGAGAUUUCUGAUGGUUUUAUCACAGUCUCUCCAAGUUAAUGCUGAGGUUGUACCUACAAUUAUUCCAUGGCUGUUGCUGUCCCAUUCCUUCCUCAUUGUCCAUGUGAGCUGAUAUUCACCUGAAUAUUUAUAUUUGGAGGCCCAUGCAAUAUUUCAGCUCUGCUUGUGUAUGCGUUAGUCUUCAAGACUUCCAGUUUCCAUCUCGGACAUUAUCAUAUGGUUCAGUGACCAAGAACUGAAGUAUUUUAGAUUCAGGGAGUUGAACUUGUGAUUUAGCACAUGCAUCCUUAACCUUUUGGUUCCUUUUCAAGAAAUGAAUGGACUGUGUAUUCGGGAGUACCAGCAUUUCAAUACAGGGUCUUCCUAGGAAUUCGGAUCUCAUAUAAAUUAAAACUCGCAAACUGAUGAUGUGUAGAUCACGGUAUAUCUGUAACACAAGAUGGAGUAAGAUUUGAUGUUCUCGUGGUGGCAAAGAUAUCAGUGUGGGUCUCUGAAAUGUUGGUAUCUGCAUGUGAGUCGACAUGUCACAACCCACAUGAGCAAAAUAUGGAGUAAUUUUUUAAUAUAUUAAACACAGCUGUUGUAUCUGAGAUGUUAUUUUUUUAAGACAGGUGAGUACUUCAUGGUUCCUGAUGCCUUAUAGAGAAUGUUUACUUUAUUGUAAACAAGUUUUCUUCAUUUUGAGUUCAUAGUCUUGACAAAUAAGAAAGUAUGUGGAAGGCAAAAGCAAUUACUCUAUAUUAAUUUUAAUUGCAUUUGUUGUGUUGGGCAUGUGUGAAAGUGAAUUUAUUCCUUGAUUCAGAAAAAUGGCGGGUGGUCAUUUUAAGGUGUCUUAGUGGCUGAACCGUCCAUCAAUAAAAGUAACAUGACAUACAAUGUAGAAAUGAUAACGUUCAUAUGUUCUCCUGGAUACUCCAUGUGUUAUAUUUAAGUGACAGUUGUUAAAGAUUGUACAAUACUGUAAAUAAAUUUUUCCUUUGUA